UCUUCGGAUUCUCAACAUUCAGAGAAUAUAACUCUUAAUAUAGAUGUUGAUUCAUUUCGUUUAACUUUCAUUGUUUCAUUUUUAAGAACGGUAUUCAUUUCAAUCAAUCUUGCCCCUCUUUUCUUGUGUGAAGAAUGUUCAUCAUCUCUUGGCAUGGAGAACCGUCUCAUUAAAGAUGCGCAAAUCACGACCGCUUCACAAUAUCAUGCCAAUUACGCUGCGAACCAGGCAAGGUUGAAUUUUAAGGCAGGUAGAGUCAAACAAGGGGGAUGGUCCGCUCUCUGGAAUAAUGCCAAUCAAUGGAUUCAGGUGGCCCUUGGUGGUUACACCAAAAUAACAGGUAUAGCUACACAAGGAAGAAAUAGAGCCAACCAGUGGGUAACCAAAUACAAGCUUCAAUUCAGUGACGAUGGAGUGAAGUUUCACUAUUACAAAGCACCAGGCCAGAGUUCGCCAAAGGUGUUUAAUGGAAAUAAGGACAGAGACAGCAUUGUUUACCACAAGUUAAACCCGCCAAUCCAAUCUCGCUACAUCAGACUCAGGCCAACAGCAUGGUACAGUCGUAUAUCAAUGAGGAUGGAACUGUAUGGUUGUAUGGAUUGCUCAGCUCCUCUUGGCAUGGAGAGUGGUUUCAUCAAAGAUUUUCAAAUCACGGCCUCUUCACAAAACGAUGCCAAUCAUGCUGCAAUCCAGGGAAGGUUAAACUUUAAGGCAGGUGGAGGUAAAAGAGGAGGAUGGUCAACUUUCUGGAAUAAUGCCAAUCAAUGGAUUCAGGUGGCCCUUGGUAGUUACACCAAAUUAACAAGUAUAGCUACACAGGGAAGAAAUGGACACAGUCAGUGGGUAACCAAAUACAAGCUUCAAUACAGUGACGAUGGAGUGAACUUUCACUAUUACAAAGACCCAGGCCAGAGUUCGCCAAAGGUGUUUGAUGGCAAUAAAGACAGAGACAGCAUAGUUUACCACAAGUUAAACCCGCCAAUCCAAGCUCACUACAUCAGACUCAGGCCAACAGCGUGGUACGGUCAUAUUUCACUGAGGAUGGAACUGUAUGGCUGUUUAGGUAUGACUGUUAUCUGA